GCUGGUGGCUUCGCCAUGCUAUCACCAUUGCUGUGUGCCUCGCACUCGAGCGGUUGUAUUGAAGCAGAACAGAGGAAGGGGGUGAGAGGUUGUGGCAUGGGGAGGCAGCCAUGCUGUGAUAAGGUGGGGCUGAAGAAGGGGCCUUGGACAGCAGAGGAGGACAGGAAGUUGAUCAACUUCAUCCUCACCAAUGGUCAAUGCUGCUGGAGAGCUGUGCCGAAGCUUGCAGGUUUGCUGAGAUGUGGUAAGAGUUGCAGGCUAAGAUGGACAAACUAUCUGAGACCUGAUCUGAAGAGGGGAUUGCUGUCAGACGAUGAGGAGAAGAUGGUUAUUGAGCUCCACUCUCGGCUUGGCAACAGGUGGUCUAAGAUUGCAUCUCAUCUCCCUGGUAGAACUGAUAAUGAGAUAAAGAAUCACUGGAACACUCACAUCAAGAAGAAGCUCAGAAGGAUGGGCAUUGACCCCAUGACUCACAAGCCCAUUCCAUCGGCAGAUGAGCUUCCUCACCAGCAACAGCAACAUGUGGGUACUUUGGUUGAUGAGAACAAGAGCAGUGACGAGCUGGGUUUGCAACAUUCUUCCACGACGGCUGAGAUGGAAGCGGAAGAGGACAGCAUCAUGACAAGCCGGUUUACUCCUACUGAGACUGAGGCAUUCCUCUGUAAAUCCCCUGGAUUUUGUACCGAUGAAGUGCCGAUGAUGGAGCCUCAUGAGAUGAUAGUCCCCUAUGCGGUUGCUGCGUCCUCUGCUUCUUGUGCUGCUCUUCCUUCAUCGUCAUGCUCUUCUGUCGACUCUUCAUUUGAGCCCGAGAACCUCCAACUUCCAUUCGUGGAGUGGCCAGAAUCGAUAUGGCUCUGGGGUGCGGAUGACUUCGGUGGAUGGGAUUCCAUCUAUGAUGAAUUGGAUGGAAAGCUAGGCCUCGAUCCUUUUAACCAGCGUCAAAGAGCUGUCUUGGAUCAGGAGUCAUGGAAAUUUGAGCUCUUCUAAUUUGAUACUGAAUCGUUGUUCUUAUAGAUAGAUACAAUAAAAGGGAGUAACUCCCCUGUUGUUGUUGGA